AUGGAGUUUACCGACUCCCUACAGCCGUCGCUGUCUACACAGCCGUCGCUAUCUACUGCCGCGACGUCAAUUACGUCGGACGAGCAGGUUCCAGUAGUCAAAUUCACAACAAUAAAGGAGCUUUUUCAAGAGAUCAACGCGACUUCUAGCGAUGUUUUAAUUGUUUCAGACAUAUCCCCCAACGAUGUAAAUGAAAUCCAUCGUGCAAGAGAUGAAGCCUGUCGAGGAUUUCGGCUGUCGUACCUUGAGCCCUCCACAAAGAGGCUAGAGAUUACGAUUCCGAAUUCGCCACAUGAAGCCGCUCACGGAGCCAUUUAUGCCUUUAUCACCCACAAGAUGAUCACAAUGGGACUCGCCAGUCGGUGGAAGGUGGAAGGCGCUACUCGGUACACAUCCACCCAGAAUAACAACAGUGAAGCUGAAUCAGAUAGUGCUGGAAAACCAAUACCAGACCGCCCUAGGAACGGAUGGCCUACCUUAGUCAUCGAGGCUGGGUAUUCCCAGUCUCUGGCGAGCCUAAGGUCAAAAAUGGAGUGGUGGUUUGACGCCUCUAACCAUGAGGUCAAGAUUGUUCUCCUCGUCAAAGCCAACCGGGUUCAACAAUCCAUCUUGAUCGAAAGAUGGGAAGAGGGACCUAGUACAGCUCCUCGUCCCGGCGCAACAACCACACGAUCCGUUACAUCAACCAUCGGGCCAAACUGCCGCCAGGAAAUCACCAUCACCAAGGACACAAGCAGCAGUCCGCCGCAAUACCAAGUUAAUAGUACUGAUUUGGUACUGUCGUUCCGGUUACUUUUCCUCCGUGAACCGGGCCCCCAGGAGGGGGAUAUAGUGGUAACAACUGCGGAGCUUCAGUUGUGUGCGGCGCAGAUCUGGUAUGAUGUGGUUUAA